CACCGGCCACACAUUUUCCGAGAUUUAGAGGAAGAGCCCGCGAGCUGGAAACUAUGAGUCACCUCAGCCCAGGACUUAUUUCAGCCUACAACAGUCUCACAGACAAACAUCUCACUGGAUACUUCAACAACACUCGGAUCAGGAGGCAUCUGCAGAGGGUGGGACUGAUAACCAGGAGUGGGCGGAUUGUUCCAGACAAGGAGUACAGACACAAGCUGCUCCAGAGAGCCCACCAGAGGCACGUUCGAGAAUGCCUGGCUCAGGCCAUCUUCCACAAGGUGCUGGAAAUGGAGCGUCUCCAUCAAAUAGAAAUCAAACGGAAAUUGGAGGAGUUUGCAAGGAGAGAAAGAGUGCACAGGAUCAAGGUGGAGCGCUCCAAAAGGUAUGAAGAGGACAUCAUCCGCAUCUUGUCUCCACGGCCGCCCACGGGCCCCAGGGGGGUGCGAGCACAGCACUCUGGGCCGGAGGGGGAGCACUCUGAGUCCUCCGAGUCUCCCGGCUCGUCUCGACCCAACACUGCCCCGGGGAAAAUGCAGAGGCCGGUGCGCUUGAAGCCCAUCCAUAGUAACAGCACCACGGCUUCCCACAGACGCAGCUCCCCUUACAGACACCAUGAGUCCUCUAAUGAGGCCGAGCUGCCAUUCAACUGCACUAUGGACAAAGAGUCCAGGAGGCGUUUGACCAUGACGGAGUUCUCCCGUGGCGUGUCGCCCUACUGUCUCCCAGUCAUCAAUAACUUUGUCACCCCGGUGCCUCCAACCACCAAGAGGAAAGAGAGGGGUGUAAAGGUCACCACCAGCGGCACCCUCAGGGGCCGUAGACUGCGGCCUACCACCGCCCCCGGUGGACCUGACGUCAAUGAGGAAUCCCCCUUGCUGCGGAGCGCUGUGCCCCAGAGCAGAGUGUGUGUCAACAUGGUUUACUUUGGCAAAGCGGUGCACCUUUCUCACGACCUGGCUGACAUGAGGGACGAGGUCAAAGUGUUUCAGCAACACUGUGGAGGAGAGAACCUGUGUGUGUACAAGGGCAAGCUGCGUGAGGGAGAAAGUUUCCAGUUUGUGUCGCGACGGCACCGCGGCUUCCCCUUCAGCUUGACGUUCUUCCUGAAUGGGCUCCAGGUGGAGCGGCUCAGCUCCUGCUGUGAGUUCAAACACAGGAAGGGCUCCCGGCUCGGCGGCAGGCACGGACACUUUGGUGUCUCCGGCGUCGAGGCGGCCUCACCCUGCUACAAGUGCAUCAUAGCAAUGGGGUUGGACAAAAAGCCCACACCUCCACCAAAAAGGGUCAAAGAGGAUGAGGUGAAAGAGCUGACAACAGCCAGCCUCAUAGAACCCCCCAAGGAUGUUGUAGAGAUGGAGAGGGAGGGGGCUGAGAAAGACUCUGCCUCCUGCCAAGAGUCUGAAAGCAGCCAUGCUCAGGACAUGGAGACAGAAGUCAAAGAAGACUUACCACCUGAGGAGGACAAAGUCCGCGAUGAUUACGAGGAGGACUUUGAAGCGGACGAUGAGGGCCCAGUAGAGGAUGAGACAAAAGAACAGAAAUCGGUGUCUCCCUCCAGCGACAAAGAAAGGCAGGAUAAAGAGAAAGACGCCUCUGAGAGUGAAGAUGAUGACAAGGAUGAGGACAGGAAGUCUCAUUCAGCCUCCAGCGUCUCGGGCAGUGACAGGGAGGAGAGUGAUGUUGAGGACAGCAAAGACGUCAAAGAGGAGCAGACAGCAGAGCGAUCUGAAGACCACGAGGAAGAUGCCCAAGAGGUUGAUCAGGAAGAAACCCCUGCUCCUCCAGCGGAAACAGACAAAUCGAAUACAGAAGACGACAAGGACGACAAGGCUUCUGAGAGCGUCUCCCCCAUCCCACCUCACGCUGCCACCGCAGCCAAGGACUUAGAAAUGCAGGACAGCCCCGGGGACAGCACGGGAUGUACAGAGUUAGAGGUCUCAGAUGCCACUGUUCCCUCAGGGAACGAGGGCAAAGGAAACGAUGACGUCCCAGGAGACGAGCCGGGAAAGGAGGAUGAGAAAAGGGUAGAUGAGUGCAAACAGGAGGAGGAACCCGAGAGAGCCAAGUCUGUGCAGGAGAAGCUGGCAGAGGCCAUUUUGAAGGAGACCCAGUGCAGCUCUGAGCCAGAGCUGAGUGACACCAGCACUGAGGAGGAAGAGGAGUCCACACAGACAGGCAGUCAACAGAACAAUAAAGAUGCGGUUCCAGAGAAAUCAGUGACAUUUACAGAGCAGCAACAGACCCACACAGAAGAGAUGAAACAUGAGGAAAUUGCGGUUGAUGCAGCUGAAGUGGUAGAGGAUCACGGAGAAGUGACAUCUGAGCUGAAGGAUAAGGAGGACGAAACUGAACCAGAGCCUCAUGAGAAUGGUGAUAGCGCCAGAGAUGACACGGGAAAUAAAGAUAUGGACGUUGAAAAGGCUGCAUCAGAGAUAGAUAAGGGAGAAAACACAGAGCACAAGGAUGCAUUAGAGGAGAGUGAACAGACAGAUGCAUCUCCAUGUCCUGAAUCAGCAGAGAAAAUGGCAGAAGACAGGAGUUCAGAACCUCAAGAAGAUGAACCAGCUAAAUGCACUGAUGCUGAGGCUGCAGAGAAAGAGCAGGAAAAGGAGCAGGAGGAGGAGAAUGUCCCAGCGGAGGCUGACACACAGCCUGAUGAAAAAGAGCAAGGGGCAAAAAGCAACGAAGAGGAUGAGUCAUCAGCAUCAGAACUGAAUAAAAUAACUGAUGAAACAACCGCGCCAGAUAAUACAGAAGUGGCGGCGGUAACAGCAAGUGAGAUGGUGGAGAUGAAAGCGGAGGCCUUGGAGGAGCAAAAUGCCCUCAGCUGUGAAGAGGCACCUGUAACUGACUCAGAGAGGCAGGGACAGGAGGAGUCCACAGCUGGAGGAACAGAGGCAGAAGUCGCAGCUGAGAAUUCGAGCAAAAUUCAAUCAAUGGAUGAAAGUGAAACCACAGUUCACGCUGGGAACACAGCAGAUACAAGUGAGACAAAAGCUGAAGAUGAGCCCAGUACAGCUGAUAUCAAAGAGGAGGCAGCAGAGGAGGCUUCAGGAGCUGAGGUUUGUAUGGAUGAAGAUGGAAAACAAGAGAGUGAUAAAGAUAAUCAAAUAAAUGGUCAGGAAGAAGAGGAAAUAGAAAAAGCUGAUGAAGUAAACACAGAAGAGGAUAAAGAAGAGAAGAUGAUAUGUGACAAUAAUACUGAAGAUAAACAGGAAAAUCUAGACGAGAUAAUAGCAGCAGACAAUACAGAGGAAAGAGAAGACACUGGACAAGAUAAGACAGAGGAGGAAGGGGCUGAUGAGAGUAAGGCAGAAGAAAGCAUGAUGGAGGAUGAAGAAAAUGCAGCAAUGAGGAAUGAAGAUGAUGUCAAUGCUGCAAAUUCACAAGAGGAGGCAAAAGCAGAGCCCCUGGAAGAAAGGUGUGAUAAUGAAGAUGAAGCCAAAGACGAAGAGAAGGGCGAUGAAGCAGAAAAGACAGAGAAAGGUGAGGAUGACAGCAAAGUUGAGAGCAGCAGCUGUGUUAAUGAUGAUAUAGAAGAAUCUGAAGAAAAGACAGCUAAAACUGAGAAGUCUGUAGAGGCUGAAGAAAUAUCAGAGGUUACUGAAGAACGAGAGAAAAUUGCAGAGGAAAACGCAGAUAAAGAUGAAGAGACAGUUAAAAAUAUUGUUGAAUCAGAGGAUGUAGGUGAAUGUGAAGCUGUAGAGGAAGCACAUGUGACUGAAACUGAAGACAAAGCUGAGGAGAUCACAGACAAUGUGGUGGAGUCUGGCGAUGUCCAGAAAGAAAGUGAAAAAGAAAACAACAACAGUGAGAAGGGUGAGGUUGAUAGUGAAAAUGGAGAGACUGCUACAGGAGCUGAGAAUAAAACCCAGGCAGAUGACGCAGAGUCUCCAACCCAAGACAUAAAUGAGACAAAAACAGAGGAUUGUGCUGAGGAUGAGACAAAAACAACAGAGCUUACCCAAGACCAGACAAAAACAGAGGAUUGCGCCGAGGAGGAGACAAAAUCAACAGAGCUUACCCAAGACCAGACAAAAACAGAGCAAGCUGAAGAAGAGGGCACAGAGGCACAGAAAACUGUGGAACCCAGUAACAUCGAGACCGGAGAAAGUUCUGAGGGCCAUGAGGAGAAACGUGAAGAUGACACGACUGAUCAAGCCCCUGAUGUCCACUUGGAAAGCACGUCUAAGACAGAGGAUGACGGUGUGGAAAACCAAGAGGAGCCCUCUCAAGGAGACUUGGAGCCAGUGACAUCUGGUAUGGAGUUCAAAGAGGAAUCAAAACUUGAUGAUGUUAAUGCAGACAUAAAAGACACAGAGGCUGAGGAAAUGAAAGAACAUGCUGGCAUAAAUACUGAGCCAACAGACCAAGACACUGCCAUAGAAAAUGAAGACAGAGGUUCGGAUAUGAGCGCCAAGAAUGUCCAUAAUAGUUUCAAAGAGGUGAUACUUGUCUCUUCUGGGUAUCAGGCCCAGAUCUCAGAACCUGUAGCUGUUGAGUCAGACAGCACAGCUCACAAAAUAGAUGAAGAGAAAGUGGAAUCCAACGCAUCUUGUGACUCAAAGGUUGACAAAAGCUCCAAAACUGAUGAAAAUGCUGCUGGCGACCACCAGUCUGCUGUGGAUGGAGAAAAUGGAGCAGAUACAGAGGAAGCAAGCAAGCCAUCAGAGGAAGGAGCAAGUGUGUUGCUCAAACCACAAGCUACUGAAACUGAGAAAAAUGGUGUAACUCCAGAGGCUUUAGAAAGUGAAGACAACACAGAUUUAGUCACCAACUGGGUAAACAUCCAUCAGGCAUCAAAGUUCUUUGAGAAAUUUGUUGAACCUUUGGAUGACUUAAAGGGGUUGACUUUAGAUAACACAGCCAAAGUAUCAAACAAUAAUACAACAGCGACAGAAUCUACAAAUGGGACAGAGCUAUCAAGAUCAGAGAGUCCAGUUAAAAUGUUGGGGAUGUCUGAGCAGGGAGCUGCUGAUGGUGCCGAUGCUGAAGCCUCAGAAAAAGAGCCUACACCAAAUUAUGAAAAUGAGUCUGGGGACAAUACCAAAGUGGAGGCCAUACAAUCAGAUCUCAGGAGCAAUCACUCCAAAGAAGAUGAACCUUGUGAAAGUGAACCCACCAAAGAUACACUGCAAAUGAAGGAGGAAACUGAGGACACGGCCUUAAUACCCAUUACAGAGGCAGAGCAAAAUGGUGAGGAGUCUGCAACUCACCUAGUAAAGGAAGAUGCAAGCUUAGAGGAGCAAAGAGCAGGGACUAGUGGAUCUCAUGAAGAUGACAAGGUUCAAGAUGCAGCAACACAAAGAAGCACUGACCAAACUGAUAUUUGCAAAACUGAGAUGGAAAGCAUUGCAGGUAGCCAUCAUUCAGCAGCCAUUGUCAGACCUGAGAGUGUCACUGAGAACCCAAAAGAGGAGAAAGCAACUGAAGAUGAUCCAGGGUUGAAUGACAAGCAAACAGCAGUUGAAGAGAUAAAAGAUCUCCUAUCAUCUUCCAUAACUGAAGAGCAUCAGGAGGGUUCAGAGAGGUCUUCCAAACUGGUUUCUGCUGAUAUGACGGCAGCUGAACCUGAAGGUACCAAAGAACCAUUGGAAGAAGGGGAAAAAGAAACGACAGACAUCACAGAGGUAACAGAUCUUACAACUUCCAAGUCAGACGAUGGUAGCCAAGAGGAGUCCCCAAGUGGAGAGAUCAAACCCAGUCUGUCAGAACAGAGCCUUCCUGGAGACAAAAAGGACAUACAGCUGAUUGAAGACAUUAAACACACUCUCAGUAAAGACCGGUUGAGCACUUUCUCAAUGGAGGAGACAUUGUUUGGCCACAGUUCAUAUCCUUUGCUGACAACUGCACGGACAGAAAAUGGCCAUUAA